AUGUCUAGCCAAGACCUCACUCAGCCGGGUGCCCCUCGAGACGGUGGUCGUGUGCAAACGUCCCCCGUGCGACGUGACGCGGUAGUGACAUCGGAAGUGACCGAACCAAUGCGUCAUGAGGCUGAGAGUUCCUUCAUUGGUGAACACCUCCUGGAUCCUACUGUCACUCGCGGAGUCUCAGACGGAGAUGGCAGUAUCCCAGGGGUGAAUCUCGCCGAUCUCAGGGUACAACUCCAAGUGCCGCAUGAGAACGCGGGGAGGGCCUUAGUCGAAAGACCCUUUGGAUCUACCGCUACAGCAUGUCUGGCCCCGACCAGUCUUGUCAACAAUGAGGCUGGUCACACGACUACCAACCGUGCACCCGUCUGUGAUGAGCCUCCCAGAACGGGGGAUGAAUCAACUCCAACUCAAGAAAACGCAGAUCCAGCAUCAGGAGUGGUUGGAGCUGAGAAGUCAGCUUUCGAUCGAGACUCGUCGAACAAGUCUCACCACGAUCGAGUUGACCAUGGGCAGUCCUCUCAUGGGAGAGAUUCGAAUCACUCGUCCAGCAACACGCAAGACCAAACCGUGGACCACAAUGACGAUGCGAAGUCUAAACAUGCCACGUCUGCGGUGGACAAGUCCGGCAAGCACACAAGCAAACCGAAGCACUCCGUGAAGAGCGUCAAGUUUCGCGAGGCAGGCGGACACGCGGUUGCCGAUGACGACAUCGCGCGAUGCGAAGCCGUGGCGGACGCGUUUUACAAGAACCCUGACGACAUGGACGCUUUCAUUGAAGACAUUCUCUUGAUGCCCCAGUCUCAAGUGUACGAGCUGACCAUCAGGUUGGGCGAAGGCUACCGAGACUGGAAGGAAAAGGCGUUGUGCAACCAAUUCGUCAAGGAAAACCCGGGGUCGUUGUGGGGGUCCAAGUUCAAGGACAUUCUCAUCCAUAAACGAGACCCUGUCACGAUGGUCAUCUCGUGCUACAGCUUGGCAACCUGUAUUGCGUUGGGAGGAACCACUUUCAAGCUCGGGGGAAAAGAAUUUCAAGUCCCCAAGUACUCACAGUACGCCAACAACUACCACAUCACCUUCAACAAGGUGAAUAAUCCGUUCUUGGCACGUGCGUUGGUCAAGGCUUUGGCGUUGAUGACCAAGUGUGUAAUCGCCGCGUUCAACCCAACUUCGGACCAAAACGUGGCCUCCCCGCACUUGAGGGUCAUCUUCAAGACCUCGUCGCCGCCUGCGGCAUUGGUCCCCAAGAACGGUCCUCCCCUGCGGGAAAUCACCGUGGUCGACCCCUCAGGACAGGCCGCCACACUUGUGUUUCAACACAAGAUCGCCGUGUUGAACAAGCACAUUCCUCCGUCGGUGAAGGCCCGUCAACGACCCCAGCCUCGCCCCGACACACCGACAAACCCCAACAAGUCGACAGCGAAUACGAGCAACGUCGAUCCGGAGACUCGCUCAUCAGUACCAUCCGGCGCGGAAGCACAACGCCCAAGUCGAAUGGACACGGGAAUCCACCGGGAAGCUCCACCGUCACGCGUUACGUCGAUGAUGGCUCAGACAGUUGAUCAUGUAGACAUCCAAAGCAACGCUGGAAGCGACAUGUCGAUUGGCCAAGAUCACGACCCGACACCCGACCCGACACCCUCCAUCCACGACGAGGCCAUGGACGGAUCCGCGCGCUCGGCGACCACCACAUCCCCGACGGCGAAUGGAAACUCUGCUCCCAUGCAGUCUUCGGAGGUUAACGACGCGGAAGCCCCACCAGCCGGAACGGAGACCAACACAAUCCACGACCUUCCAUCAAACCAAACCCAGCCCGCUUUUGCUCCGGAACAUGACGAGCAAGUCCCAUCUGCACCGCUGGAAUAUCAAUUGGUUACGGGCGACCGGUUCAAACCAGCAUCGAAGCGGCCAUUGUCACCACGAGAGUCGCAGUCCUUUGCUACCUCCAACCGCUACGCAUUGCUUCAGGAAGACGACGUCGAACUCUCCCUCGAAGACUUUGUCAUCCCACGAGUUGUGCUCGAGGACACCGAACAUCCCCGCACCCUUGUCCCGACGAAGAAAAAGGUCAGACCCAACAAGUCCAAGCACGCGCACUUUGAACGCGCGGCCAAGAUCAUCAAGGACAAGGUGGUCGAAAAGGACAUCGUGGAAUGCACACGAUUGCUCCAAUCCGAACCGCAGGUGGUGGCACACUCGAUGUACCCGGUGGACGCGGAAUUUGGCUUGCUAGAGUCCUUGGUAUCGACGCGAGCUAUCAAUCGUCGCAUGGCCGCGAAACACGAAGCUGGCGAGGGCGGGGACUACAAACAACAGUUGCCGUUCUACGCUCAAGGAUGCCAAGACCCCAACGAGAUUGCUCGCGAAAUGGUGAGCGAUCAGCUCGAGUACACAGUUUGGCAAGCGUUGGCAGCCGUGGACUUGUUUCUGUCCAACCGGGUGCCUGACCUGUACAACAACCCUGGCGCUCUUGAGAUCCUGUGUGGCCAAGAAGCUACUCGGUGGGAGGACGUCCUAACGGAUUGGUCCCUGCUGAAGGUGGUCAGUCGACUUGCUCCAGCACUCCGAGCCAUGAAUUUGCCGACAUAUGUGCUGGAUGCCAUCGAAUUCCUGGCGGACUCAGUCCUCAACAACUCCCCUGACAUCGACCCCAUCUGCGACGACUUGACGCACUGCAUUCUAUCUCCCGCAUGGGACAAAGCCCACGUGGAAGCAUAA